AAAGCGAUCUCCAUGAGGUGAAUUUACCAGCGUUUAUCGAGAGGCGGCUGCGCCCGGCGCUCUGAGGAUUUUUCCCCUUUUUUUAACCCCAGACUUCUCCACCUGCACCAAGAGGAACGCGACGCCUUCUUCACCCUCCUGGGGAACCACUGAUGAAGGAAUUCCUUCCUCCUGACCGGCGUUUGCUGCAGGGGCUGCAAUGAGGACCUGCUGUCCAUGGCACCAACAAAUGGAGUGUGUGGGGCUACAACCCCCUCAGCCUCUUCACUGCCCUGGCAGCAGGACCCGGCCCCGGGCUCAGCACCACGGGAGCAGCGGCACCUGAGGAGUGGCCGGGCCCAGCCCUCGCCCCCCACGGCACCUGCCGGGGCUCCAGGGCCCCGAAACGGGGUGAAAACAGCCGGUUUUGGGUCCUCUCACCCCAAACACGAUGUCAGAAGCCCCCAUCACCCCUGUGUACACCACGGGGGUGUCCGCUCAGGUGCAGCGGGCGCGGGCGAAGGAGCAGGGGCUGGGCCGGCACGACCGGGCCGUGCGGUACCUGGGGCAGGAUUUCGGCGCCCUGGCCGAGCAGUGCCGGCGCUCGGGGAGCCUCUUCAGGGACCCCACGUUCCCGGCGGGGCCCUCGGCCCUGGGCUUCAAGGAGCUGGGCCCCGGCAGCGCCAAGACCCACGGAGUGCAGUGGAUGAGGCCCACGGAGCUGUGCCCGCGCCCGCAGUUCAUCGUGGACGGGGCCACGCGCACCGACAUCUGCCAGGGGGCUCUGGGUGACUGUUGGCUGCUGGCAGCCAUCGCCUCCCUGACCCUCAACGAGACCCUCCUGCACCGCGUGGUGCCCCACGGGCAGAGCUUCCAGCAGGGCUACGCCGGCAUCUUCCACUUCCAGAUCUGGCAGUUUGGGGAGUGGCUGGACGUGGUGGUGGACGAUUUCCUGCCCACCAAGGACGGCAAGCUGCUCUUUGUGCACUCGGCCGAGGGCUCCGAGUUCUGGAGCGCGCUGCUGGAGAAGGCCUACGCCAAGGUGAACGGCUGCUACGAGGCGCUGUCGGGCGGCAGCACCUCCGAGGGCUUCGAGGACUUCACGGGCGGCGUCACCGAGUGGUUCGACCUCCGGCGGCCGCCGCCAGACCUGUUCUCCAUCAUCCUGAAGGCGCUGGAGCGCGGCUCCCUGCUGGGCUGCUCCAUCGACAUCACCAGCGCCUUCGACAUGGAGGCCGUCACCUUCAAGAAGCUGGUCAAGGGCCACGCCUACUCGCUCACCGGCGCCAAGCAGAUCAACUACCGGGGGCAGUCGCUGGGCCUGGUGCGGAUGCGGAACCCCUGGGGGGAGGUGGAGUGGACGGGGCCCUGGAGCGACAGCUCGCCCGAGUGGCACGCGGUGGAGCCGGCGCUGCGGCAGCAGCUCAUGGUCAAGAUGGAGGACGGGGAGUUCUGGAUGUCCUUCCGGGACUUCCUGCGGGAGUUCACCCGCCUGGAGAUCUGCAACCUGACGCCGGACGCGCUGCAGGCGCGCCGCUUCCGUGCCUGGAACACGCGGCUCUACGACGGCACGUGGCGGCGCGGCAGCACCGCCGGCGGCUGCAGGAACUACCCCGCCACCUUCUGGAUCAACCCCCAGUUCAAGAUCCAGCUGGAGGAGGUGGAUGAUGAGGAUGAUGAGGACGGCGGGCGCGAGCCGGGCUGCAGCUUCCUGCUGGCGCUGAUGCAGAAGGACCGGCGCCGCCAGCGCCGCUACGGCAAGGACAUGGAGACCAUCGGCUUCGCCGUCUACGAGGUCCCUCCCGAGCACGUGGGGCAGUCGGGGGUGCACCUGAAGCGCGAGUUCUUCCUGGCCCACGCGUCGCGCGCGCGCUCGGAGCAGUUCAUCAACCUGCGCGAGGUGAGCACGCGCCUGCGCCUCCCGCCCGGGGAGUACAUCGUGGUGCCCUCCACCUUCGAGCCCAACCGCGAGGGGGACUUCGUGCUCCGCUUCUUCUCCGAGAAGAAGGCUGGGACCGAGGAGAUGGACGACAAGGUCCAGGCCACACUCCCAGAUGAGAAAGUGCUGUCGGAGAGCGAGAUCGACGAGAACUUCAAGCAGCUCUUCAGGCAGCUGGCGGGGCCGGACAUGGAGAUCAGCGUCACGGAGCUGCAGACCAUCCUCAACCGCAUCAUCGCCAAACACAAAGACCUGCGCACCAAGGGCUUCAGCCGCGAGUCGUGCCGGAGCAUGGUCAACCUCAUGGACAAAGACGGGAACGGGAAACUGGGGCUGGUGGAGUUCAACGUGCUCUGGAACCGCAUCCGCAACUACCUGACCAUCUUCCGCAAGUUCGACCUGGACAAGUCGGGCUCCAUCAGCGCCUACGAGCUGCGCCUGGCGCUGGAGGCCGCAGGGUACCGCCUGAACAAGCGGCUGCACGAGCUGCUCAUCACCCGCUACGCCGAGCCCGACCUGGCCCUCGACUUCGACAGCUUCGUCUGCUGCCUCGUGCGCCUCGAGACCAUGUUCAGGUUUUUCCAGGCCAUGGAUGUGGACCAGGAUGGCGUCGUCACCUUUGACCUGCUGCAGUGGCUCCAGCUCACCAUGUUCGCCUGAGGACCCCCCGAGUGCCUUCCAGGACCCCGCGCCCGUUUCUCCCCUUUUUUGGCUUUUUUUUUUCCAGCACAAA